AUGCUCGCCAACCGCACAUACUUCCCGCCUCCCCCAAGCAACGCAUCAUGCCAACUCUGCCAGGACCUCCGAAUAAGAGGCGACGAAGAAGGGUCCGGCUUCCUCGGGAUGCCACUAUGGAAGAUGGACGACUCCGCGCGCAAGGGCUGUUUCAUCUGCCGUAUGCUGCUGCAGGCGGUGAUGGAGUUGACGCAGGAUUUUGUGGUUCCCUCGCAUCUUCCUGGAAAAGAAAUCAUUGGCUUUACGAUUCGAUCGGAAGCGGUUAUUGACUCGGCAUCGGAAUCAAAGAGACGGCUGCCUGCCCCGUUGUCGUUGGUCCUGCAGACUGAGUACUCUCAAGUUGCUGAGCUUGAGGUCUAUUGCUUGGAAGACAAACCGGCCAAGUGGCCGUUGAUAGGACCAGCUCGUCAUGUGCACCAAGAUGCAUCUCAAGACCGCUGCAUCGCGUUGGCCAUGGACUGGAUUACCAACUGCGUGGAAAACCAUACUGAAUGCGCAAGAUCCUCAGCCUCAGACCCCGUGAUGCCAGAUCGACUAGUGUGUGUCGGCAAAGACCUUCCAAGACCAUACUUAUACCUAAACAACCCCGCGGCCCGCGGGAAAUACGCAACGCUAAGCCACUGCUGGGGCGGAAAAAUCUCGCAAAGCCUGCGGAAGAGCACACUCCCCGAGUUCGUAGAGCAAAUCCCCUCGACCGCCUUGCCCCUUACAUUCCAGCAUGCCAUAGAGGUAUGCCAGAACCUGGGCAUCGAAUACCUCUGGAUCGACUCCCUCUGCAUCAUGCAAGACGAGAAAGAAGAUUGGCUCGCGCAGUCCGCCAAGAUGUACGAGUACUACAGCGAUUCGUGGGUCACGAUCGCCACGGACGGCGCGGCGGAUAGUCAGCAAGGUUUCCUGCGCGACCCGAACCGGGUAUCGAACUCGAGUGUCAAACGCUUCGAGUGCCCUGGUUCGAACGGAGAAUCGUCCGAGUCCGCUGUAUUCAUCCGCAGAAAGGGCGCGCCUCUCGGCUUCGACACAUUCGCCCACCACGUCUGGAACGCGCCUAGGCAAAGCGCCUUGUCAUAUCGUGGCUGGACGCUGCAGGAGAGUAUCCUCUCCCCUCGGAUCCUGCACUACACCGCCGAGGAAGUCACCUUCGAGUGCAGGACCGAGUCGCGAUGUGAGUGUCAACUGCGCCCACAUAACAACGCAGCGACGCCCGUCAAAAUGGCAAUCCAGACGGCCCCCUUCAACCGAAAGUGGGCCAUGGUCGUGGACCACUACAGCAGCCGAGACCUAACCGACCAGUCCGACAAGCUCACUGCGAUUUCUGGUGUCGCGCGCUCGAUGCAGUCCCAGACGCCGUCGUCGUAUUGGGCUGGCUUGUGGAGUGGUGACUUUCCGGCGGCGCUGUUGUGGAUGGUGUAUGACUAUGAUGGCUUUGAGAGGGCGCGGUCUAGUGCGAGGAUUCGCGCGUACCAGGCUCCGACGUGGUCGUGGGCGUCUGUUACCGGGAGGGUUAUAUUGGCGAGUCCGGAGGUGUAUUCGCAUUCUGACUUGGAGAUUCUGGAUGUGUGCCUUGUCCCGCUGGGUGGGGAUCCGUAUGGGGCUUUGAAAGAGGCGUCGAUUAAGGUGAGGGGGUACUUGGCUCCUGUGGAAGUCAGGUUAUCAUCUAUUGAAAAUGGAGAUCGACCGCGUCCACAGGAUAGGUUCAAGAUCACGUCCCUUGCAGGUUGUAAGGAGGAGGACUUCGGUGUCUUCCCUGAUGUUGACAGCGCUGAGGGGGAGAUAGUCUCUGGUCAGCCAUACUGGGUGCUGCUUGUUGGUGGCUCGGGCAGGAGUGGCAUUUUGCUUAGCAGGGACCAUACAAGCAUCUCCUGCUAUAGGCGAGUAGGGCGUGUAGAUGCGAGGCUUCCUGGCUACGAGGGGCUUAAGGAAAUUUCCACUUGGCAGGAUUUUGAACUCAUAUAA